UAAUUUUUUUUUUCUUUUUCAAAAUCUUAGUCCCAGUAAUGACCAUAGGGAAAAUAGAUAUAGUUUAGGAGAAAGAAGGGUAUUCAGGUAAAUCCACUUCUGCUGGGGCUAGUAGGCGGGAAAGAGCUUAGGAACACUGAAACAGAGCCCACUUGGUUCUAACGAACAACCUCCACCCUCCAACAGAAUUGAAAAACAGUUAAAACCAAAAAAGUAGUAACAAGUGAGCUUCAAAACUCUCUUUCUCUCCGUCUAUCAUAUAAGGUCCGAUCUUGAUGAAAGAAGAGAGGUGAUCUGACAAUGUCGGUUCCAAUACUCGAAGCUUGCAAGAAGAGAAAAAGAAGACCAAAGCUGUUUGGGUUCCAUACGUUCGGAGAUUCCAUUCAAGCAAGAGGUCCUUUCAGAGAGAGCAUUCGAUUGUUUCUUCAAGAAUGUGCAGAAAUCGAAGACUAUAAUCUUGAAGGUAUGCCCGUGUGGUGUACGCUUCUCGUCCUUGAAAACAGAAGCCUCGUACUCCCUCUCUACACCAUUGAAGAAGACGUUAAAACCUCUCCACUACCAUAUUGCGAUCACUGCAGAUCAACCGGCUGGAGCAAGCACUUCGUUGCUAAGAGGAAAUACCACUUUUUGAUCCCAAUAGACGAUUCGUGGAACAAGCCCUUGGACGAUGGUGUUCUUGAUACCCAUGAGUCGCAUCUUUUGUACGGAUUGAUACACUCUAAUGGCUUCGGCCACUUGCUUAGUAUAAAUGGACUUGAGGGAGGUUCAAAGUACCUGUUUGGAAGGGAAAUAAUGGACCUCUGGGAUCGAUUAUGCACUAGUCUUCAAGCAAGGAAGAUUACGGUGGCAGAUACGUCGAAGAAACGAUCAAUGGAUCUUCGCCUUCUCCACGGGGUCGCUUAUGGACAUCCCUGGUUUGGAAGAUGGGGUUACCGCUUCUGCCAUGGGAGUUUUGGGGUGAAGGAUUACAACUACGACCGAGCUAUUGAGAUUCUCUGUACAUUGGAGCUAGAAACGAUAAUAAACGAUUUCAGCGACACGGAAAGAUUCCAAGACAUCAGGCAAAUUAUUCGUCUUUACAGAGAUUUGAGCGAAACUCAAUUGAUAACGCUCAAAGAUCUGUUGAAAUUCAUGCUCACAGUAAAGUCCAGAGCCUCGGCACAUGGAAAAGUGAUCAUAGCAUCUUCUAGUACUCCUGUUGUCUCGUCCUUUUCGAUCUCAAAACCUUUCACCAGAACAUCCUUACAGAGCAAUAAUAACAAGUCGCAUGGGAGAGACAAUAUUAAGCCUGUAAAGUACAAAAAGUUCAGCACUGUAGUGGCUAACAUGGACAGCCGGUGGCCUCCUAGACGACUAGAAUUCGCAGCCGAUGUGAUUGUGAAAGCCCUCAAGGAGAAGAAAGAGAGCAAUUUUGGUAGUGGCGGGAUGACCAGGCAAGACGUGCGCGAUGCUGCUAGGUUACAUAUAGGCGACACUGGUUUACUUGACUACGUACUAAAAUCUCUUAACAAUGUCAUUGUGGGAAAUCAGAUCGUUCGCCGAGCUGUUAAUCCCUCUACGAGAAUAUUGGAAUACACUAUCCAUGAAGUUCGUGAAAAUCCUAGUAAGGCUGUUUCUCAGCCCUCCGAUCAGGAAAUCAUGUUUAAUCAAACUCAGAAAUUCAUAUCUACUAAUACUCCACCUUCAACUCUGGUUCCUGGGAAUGACGUGUACAGCGACGUCAUAUACUUGUAUAGGCACGUACUUCUGGAUUACCCAGCUUCGGAGAUUGUUGAGUUAGCUACGCAAACCGUUCUAGACACCAAGCACUUUGUGAAGGAGUGGCCAUUCAAAGACGAGGAAGAGCAAAUGUUGACAUUCAUUUGCAGAUUUAUACCGAGUUUAAGCGAUGAAAGUGAGUGUGGAAUGAGUGAGAUUGUGUCUGUACCAUUACAUGCCACGGUUGGUGAGCUUAAGAACGCAGUGGAGACUGCUCUAAGGGACACUUAUUGCGUGACAGAGCAAAUAGUGGUGACGGAUAUAGACGGGUUGGAGGAGAUUGAUGAUGGAGAAAUAUUGUUUGGGAGACUUGAAUCUGGCGUCGAGAUAAGAGUGAGGGGGAAUAAUGGUAUUAGUAAUAUUGGGGGGUACUCCAAGAGUCCCGAGGGAGGGCUUUUGAGGCGCCAAGGUGGAUGUGACAUGUGGAUGGUGAAAUGCGAGUGUGGGGCCCGGGAUGAUGACGGAGAGCGGAUGGUGGCCUGCGACAUCUGUGAGGUGUGGCAGCACACUCGCUGCAUCGGGAUCGACGAUGCCGAGAACGUGCCACCACUAUUUGUGUGCUCUUCAUGUUGUGACUCCCUUGUGCCGCCCAGAGUUACUCAUCGUGAGGAGGCAGCAUCCGGAAAAAUGGAGUAUUGUGAGGAUUUGUUGCUGCCGACCCAUUCAUUUGAUCAAUACGGCUUGGCCAUAGGAUACUGAUAAAUUGGAGCUGUGUCAUUGCACCAUUAAGUUCUUUCUUUUGCUUAAUUUCCUUUUUCUUUUCUUCUCACAAUGUGCAAUUUUGCAGAAGAACAUUUCACUUCGUAAAGUAAUAAGCUUCCGUAAAUUUUGAAACUAAACAAA